CCCUGGAUAGAUUAUCUUACGUAACUUUACAUUAUUCCUCACCAGCGUUUCGUACUUUUCGGUCUGAUUGUUUAUUAAAAAGGUAUAACAUGUGGAUUGGCACUAUUGAUCAAUGGGUAUUGUUGCCCUUAUCGGUAGAUAUGACAAUUAAAACGUCUGGUACAGUGGGGAAUUGAUUUACGAUUCGAACGAAAUUUGCGAAUGGUAUCGCCACCGCUAGUGCCGUCCCUGAUAUAGAAUUGAUUGGUAGAAAACCAGUUGGUACACAAAGCCCACGACGGUUCGCGUCUACUUCACAACGGUAAUGAAUAAAUGGAUAGAACAAAUGCGAUAAAUUUGGAGGUUCACCAAAUGUUGUGCUUUAUGUUCGUUGGUUAAAAUACGUAUAAUAGAUAGUAAAAACGCAAGGCAGGGCAGACGCGAGGUUAUAUAAUGAGUGCUAAAACGGAAGGGAACGGAAUUCGAAUAUGGUGGACGACGACGUUGGGCGGCGCAAUGCUGCCACAAGAAACAAGUGACGCUUGCUCCCUCCAAAACUUUCCCAGCGUUGGUAGCAUUGGUUUUUGGUAGUUUACAAAUAAAAUGGCCGAUAUAUGAGGCUAUUUUGUAUGGACAAUAAAAUUUACUGUUUUAUAAAAUUAAUGACCAUCAGCGGUGCGCAAUUAUGUUUUAAAUAGUCGGAUUAGUGCGGUGAAGUGUAUGAAACGUGUAAGUAACGCGGGUGAAGGCUUGGGAGGGCCGUAAACGAGGUGGAGGUUGUCUUUUGGAGACCGUGGACGCCGCGAGCUUCCAAACGAGCUCGAAGCGGGCAGCGUUGUUGCGGGGACAGACACUUAUAAGCUUCAAUACAUGCAAAUCUCACGGAGCCGUCGUCUGAUUUUUUUAAAUUCAUCCGCGCGCGUUGGCGCACCAAAAGCUGAGCCAAGAUACGAUGACCAGAGAUCAGCCCUGCUUCCAGGAUACAGGAGCGUGACGUUCUCUCGGCCUCUCCGGGCCUCAGGGAGCACUUUCUAUACCCUGCAGAAAUACUCGCAGUCGUGGAGUCCACCGGAUCGGAUAAUGAAUUGACGUCGAGCGAAGGGUCCGUUAGUGUCACGGUCAGCAGCGGCGACGUCUUUCCCUCCAUUAUCCCCUUUGGCAAUAUGUGCACGACGCCUGGAAAUGCAGGUGCCGGAUUUGGUUACCCUUGGUCAUUUGGUGGGCCAGGUACUGACGCCCGUGAUAACGCUCAGAGUGAUUUAACUACAAACAUUAGCUACGCAGUAAACAAUAAUCAGGAUCAGGGUUCGAGUCAGAAAAUUCAGGUCGACGUCAAGCCGGCUAAGUUGGCCAACAGUGCCCACCGUCGUCCGGUUUUUAAUAUGAAUGAGAGUUGUCAACAGACUCCGACUACUCAUCACGGACACACAGGAGGAGCUCACAAUCAAACUCACGGGGUUCACGCUCGUGCCAAGAAGCAUCACGAUGUCUUCUCGAUAACCUGCGACAAAGGAGGUUGUAACUGUGACGCAUCCCACCCUACACCCCCCCCAUCCUUAUUCUCUAAUCCUUUGGUAUUUACCGCAGGCGAUAAACACGCCAUGAGUAAACAUUUUAUGACCCCGAUCGGACCGCUCCAGCUCACCGCUGAGGAGUGUAACGAGAUCCUCAUGAAGCGUGCUGCAGCUGCGUCCAACCAGGCUAACGCCAACAGCGUGGCGACAAGCCAGACGGACACGACAGCCCACCUUGGGCAUGUCUUCACUCACGUGAAUACAGUGCAGAUCGAGACCAAGGUCAAACAGCAACAGGACAUGGGGAGCCAGGUUCGGGUCCCCAAAGAACGGCCCUACUCAUGCUCAGAGUGCGGCAAGUCAUUCCUACUGAAGCAUCAUCUCACUACUCAUGCCAGAGUUCAUACUGGGGAGAGACCCCACAUUUGCCCCCACUGCGGCAAGAGCUUUGCUCACAAACACUGUUUACAUACUCACCUUUUGUUGCACAGUUCCGAGCGACCUUAUCAGUGUCGGGAGUGCAAAAAGUCAUUCACCCUGAAGCAUCACUUGGUAACUCACACCCGUGUCCACACGAGAGAGCGACCCUUCGUAUGCCAGGAGUGCGGUAGGGCAUUUCCAUUGAAACGCCACCUAGUUACCCACAGUAAAUUUCAUUCUGGAGAACGACCCUUUGUAUGCGAAGAAUGUGGCGAGUCAUUUUCACAGAAGGACCAUCUCGUCAUGCAUUCACGUUUCCACGGCAGCUUGCAUCCAUUCGUUUGCCACGACUGUGGUGCCACCUUUCAGAGAAAGUUUGAGCUGGUCAAUCAUGGGCGGUUGCACGGAAGGGUACCACACUCGUGUACGGUUUGCGGCAAAGAAUUUCUUCAGAAACGUACUCUACUUGCCCACAUGCGCUUGCACACUGGGGAGACUCCGUUUGCCUGCACUGUUUGCGGUGAGGCAUUUCCUCGCAAAGCUGAUUUGGUCGCUCACUCAAAGAUACACAAUAACAAUACCAGUCCAGAUGAGAAGCCAUUGACUUGCAGGGAAUGCGGAUUGGAAUUCUCAAAUCGCGAAGCACUAACUCUGCAUUUAAGGCUACAUUCUGGCGAUAGGACUCUGGUCACCGAUCUGUGCGGGCUAGCAGCAGCGUUCCAGCAAACACCAGGUCACUUCCUAACGCCAAAUACAACAGGGCCUCAUCAGUAUUUGCAGAUGAAUGGUCCUAUCGGAACGCCGGGUGUUAGCCACAUGCAUGGGGCAACGCAGACAUCCCCGCCAGUGGGUUCCGGGCCAAAACCGAAACCACAUCUUUGUCCGGAUUGUGGGCGCGGUUUCGCCCAAAAGCACGGGUUGUCACAGCAUCAGCGCCGUCACACGGACGGUAGCUGCCACAUCCGGUCCCACGUUUGCGACAAGUGCGGCAAGGCGUUCUUCCAAAAGAACCACUUGUUGCUUCAUCAACGUCAACACAUGGAUCCUCCACCCAGUCUACUUCGUCAGCAGCAGAGACAAGCAGCUCAGGCUGCGGCUCAGCAGGCUCAGCAGCAACAGCAACAACAGCAGCAGCAACAGCAGCAGCAGCAGCAGGUCCAACAACAGCAGCAGCAGCAAGCCUGCACUGUGGACACAAAAGCAAUACAGCUGCAAGCAAUACAACAGCAAGUUCAGGUUCAGCAGCAACAGCAGCAGCAACAACAACAACAACAACAACAGCAACAACAACAACAACAACAGCAACAACAACCGUGCACCGUUGAUACGAAAGCAAUACAAUUGAACGUCACCAUGUGAGACGGCACGAAUGGCAAUGAACCACGAAGA